AUGGUGCUCAGCGAUUAUUACCUCGAGACGGGCGAUUACACUACCGUCAAAAAUCUAAUAAAUGACACGAUUGUGGAUUUUUAUCGGUCCGACGCGAUUGGGAUCGGCAAUUACGACCAUUUUCGUGCGAAUAACGCUUCCCCACACCAGAUCGCACUAUACCGUCUGCAUCCACCAUGCCAACAGGACGGGCAGGCAGAAAAAUGA